AAUGUCAACUCCAAUCGUAAUGGAAAUUAAAUUGAAGCGUGUGAACAAAAUCUACCGAGAAGGGGAAUCGCUUAGUGGAAUUCUUGUUAUUAAUUCAAAAACAGACUUGAACCAUCAAGGUAUCAAUCUAUACAUCGAUGGAACUGUUGGGCUUUCACUCAGCAGCAAAAAUGUGGGGGUGUUCGAAGCUUUCUACAACAGUGUUAAACCAGUUAACGUUCUCCACUAUACAGUUGAAGUUGCCAAGUCAGGAAAACUGCCCAAUGGCAAAACAGAAUUCCCAUUUGAAGUGCCGUUGAGUCCGAAAAGUUCUGCAAAAAUGCUUUAUGAAACAUACCAAGGAGUCUAUGUCAAUGUCUCAUACACGAUCAAAUCAGAAAUGAAAACCGGACUCUUAAAAAAAGACAAACUUGAACAGGUUGAAUUCUUCGUAGAAUAUCCCCCGGUUGUUCCCGAGGACCUAGUCAAUUCGAAAUAUGUGGACUUCAGUUUAGAACCAGAGAAACUAAAAAUCAAAGACAAGAAUUUGGUGGUCCCAGAUUUCAAAGUAGUCGGAACAAUGGACAACACUGUGCAUAGUAUAUUGAAACCGUACACUGGAACAAUCAAAGUUGUCCAUUCUCAUACUCCAAUCAGGUCCAUAGAAGUGCAGCUGGUACGAGUAGAAACAUGUGGAUGUGCUGAAGGAUACUCUAAAGAUGUGACGGAGAUUCAGAACAUCCAGAUAGCAGACGGGGAUGUGUGCCGGGGUCUGGACAUCCCGAUUUACAUGAUAUUCCCCAGGCUGUUUUCAUGUCCCUCAGUCCAGGCAAACAAUUUCAAAAUAGAGUUCGAAGUCAAUUUGGUGAUAGUGUUUAAUGACAGUAAACACACUUGCGUGACAGAAAACUUCCCAAUUCUUAUAGGCAGAUAUUAAUCUGUCUCGCCUUAUCACAGCAAAACCGAAAGUUCAAAAUGGUGCUAUCAGCUAUCCUAUAUUCUUCAAAUCAGAUCAUAUCUAUUUAUUUUUAUACAAUUAGACAUUUUAGCGAUUAUAUUUUGCGUUCAUAGAGAAGCUGUCAUAAAAUCAUCAUUGAAAAGCUUGUUUUUACCGAACUCAGUUUUUUCUCUUAAUGAGAAAGGUUAUUGGCACAUGCUUUUGGCCAUUUUUACUUAUCUCGAACUCUUAAAGAGCCGUGCAAAUUUAUAUACAAAUAAAAAAUGCUGGUUGUUAUAUACAAAUAAAAAUUAAAGCGGUGAAAAGAAAUUAUAUACAAAUAAAAAAUGAUGGUCCAUAAUAAUGAAACAUCAGAUAAAAGAUUUAAUUUUGCUCUGCAAGUGACAGAUCGGAGUUUUUUUGAAGCCAGCAAAUAUUAAACAAGUAGCGCUGAUGUUAUAUGAUCAAUUUUUUUCUUUAUAUAGUUUCUUUAUAUCAUUUAUCUUCUCAGUUUAUUGAAUAGCUUCCAAUGCUUCCUGGGAUCUACUAUAUGAGUUUGAUUUUGAGAUCAAUCAACGACGUUUCAUCCUUCAAUGCUGUACUUUUUGUCAUGAAAUAUCGCCUUAAUAAGUGUCAUUGAAUUUUAUUGCUUGGGGUCUCCUUCAUGAUAUCGUUUCUUGUUGAAUUCAGAUUCAGUUGCUCAGAGGAAGGUAAAUUAGGCUCUCCAAUUACAGAAGUGCUAAGAGAAAAAUAGUGAAUAAGUUUGCAAAUAAGAUUAUUUUUAAUUUUCCCCAUUUUUCUCUCAUGGGGUUAGCUUUGAGUAAUUAUAAAAUACUUUCAGCCAUAAAAGAUUCUUGAAGUUUUACAAAGAAACCGUAAAGUUGAAAUUCGAAAGCAAAAUUGUGUCGAAGUCAACAGUGCCGUUUGCAGAUAGGUUUGAUUAAUUUUCUAUCUACUUAAACAUGAGGUCACAGGAUGGGCUAAAAGGUGACAUUACGCCGUCGAAGGUACAAGAGAUUGCCCAAACGGAGGAGAAACUGCUUUCUCAAUCGAGCGACGACGCAAUUUCAGAUAUUCGAUCAUCGACGCAAAAAUGCAGAGGACUUUAUCUUCAUUACUUUCUGCAGUCAUUGUUCAAGCAGUUCAUAAACGGGACCAACUAUGCGUUUUUCGUUCGCUAUUUGAACAGUCCGGGACAUAUGUCAACUGCAGUCAGGUCCUUUUGGAACGUCCUCUGGACAUUCAAAUUCGUUUUUGCCAUUAUGAGUGACAUCUUACCAAUUUGCAGUCUUAAAAGAAAGCCAUAUAUCAUUUUGGGAUGGUGCUUGUCUUUUUGUGGAAUAUUGUUAGCUUGCUUAGUACCUUUUCCUGAUUCUCAUUUUGCAGUUGAAGAAAUCAACGGAACUUGCUCUGUAUCCGGUGAUUUACUAAAUCCGCAGUCUACAGAGUAUGUGCUAAUUUACGUGUUGCUCUUGGGAUUGGCGAAGUUUGGAGUUGCUAUUAUGGAUUGUUCGGCUGAUGGACGAUUAGUCGAAAUCACUCGAUCAGAACCGACGGCAAAAAGAGGAUCGGCUGUUGCGAUUGGUCAUUUGAUGCAAAAAAUUGGGGUGUUCGGCACCUCAAUUGUGAUCAUUUUGUCGUUAAACUCGCCAGAAUACGGAGGUAGUUUUUGUUUUGGCUUAUCGUUUGACACUUUACUCGUUUGUUUUGCUUUUGUUCCAGUAGUUGCGUUGUUCAUUACAUUGCUUUGCGUCGAAGAGCCACCAGUUCGACCAGGAGACAAAAUAUCUGCGUUUAAAUGGCUCGAAAUGUUAUGGAAAAAACUACAGGAAUCUGCUUUUAUACGAAUAGCAGCCUUUGUUUUCUUCUACGUGUUUGCAUAUAAUUUCAGAUCACCAGCGCGUGUCAGCAUUUCUAGGAACUGGGCGAAUGUUUCACCCAUGGCCAAUGCCGUUUUCGGAAUCAUUUCCUUACUAUUGCACAGUGUAGGGGUUGUGAUCUACAAACAAUGUCUGUUGAAAGUGAGCUGGCGGUAUUUAGUGUUCUUUGGGUUCAUCUUCUGCACUGCACCGAAUAUAAUUGUAGAAUACAUGACAAUUUUUGAUAUAUGGCGAAACGAGUAUUUCUAUUUCACAGAUGAUGUCUUAGAGGCAAUUCCUGAGGGAAUCCUGUACAUAAUCAUCAUGCAGGUUUCCUCUGAAAUAUGCGGCAGGCAUUUUGAAGGCUCGGUGUUUGCAAUUAUGAUGAGUGUUUACACGAUAUCAAUAGCAUUUGCAAGGUCGUUAUCGAAUUUACUCGGUUCAUUUUUUGAUGUGUCUUACUCUGAGCGAUUCUUACGAGAUAACGAAAAAGACAGGUUUGCUGUUUUUGCAUCGGUCCUGGCAGCUUAUGCGGUCAAGUUUGUUCUUUUGCCCUUGAUAUUGUUAUUGUUACCCAGACAACGUGAACAUUUGUCAUCGCUUGCUAAAAAGUCGAAGGCUUCAUCUAGAAAUGCGAUUAUAUUCGUUGUUGUUUUCAGCUCAGCUAUAGCGUAUUCAAUGGUAACAUCGCUGUUAGCUGUUAAUAGCAGAACUUCGUGUCUAUCCAUAGCUGGAGGAAAAGGUUGUUAGUCUUAAACAGGCUAAACUAAAAAUGAGUUUGAAACUAAUGCUAAUAAUAUUUUGAACUGUAAGAUUGCAAAACUAAUCUUGUAAAUAUUUUUUGUAAAAUAGUUGAGGAUUUUGAGGAUUACUUUCAGUUGAA